CCUGAUAGAGGUGUUGAAUACGCGGUCGUUGGAUGAUUCCUACGUCAACUCACCGUUUGGUCUAGAUUAUUCUGGAACCCCGACGGCAGAGGCAAAUCCGGCUCUAGCCUGCGCGCCUUUUGCUGGAACGCUAUUCGUGGUCGCGCGACCUUUAACCCCCUGGGAAUCUUGUCCCUCUUUCCUCUCUCGUUUUCCAUCCGCCUCUCCGCCGACGAAUCGCAAACCAGGCGGCGAGGUUUCAUCCGCUCCCGUUAAAGAAUCAAUCAGAUACCUGGGCAGAGCCAGCAUAUCAUGGCAGAUCACCACCCCAACGAAGGACCUUCCACAAGCAAUGUUUCUGGGGAAACAUCUGAUUCAAGUGUGCAGCUCAAUGUGAAGACUUUAGAUUCACAAAUUUACAGUUUCCUGGUGGACAAGAAAAUGCCAGUUCUAGCUUUCAAGGAGAAAAUAGCUAGUCAAGUUGGUGUUCCAGUCAAUCAGCAGAGACUGAUUUUUCGAGGAAGGGUGUUGAAGGAUGAACAUCUCCUCUCUGAAUAUCAGGUUGAGAAUGGUCAUACAUUGCAUUUGGUUGUGAGGCAGUCAGCACAAACACAACCUUCAUCCGAGACAAGCUCCGGAGACGCAAGAGGUAAUCCUUGGAAUGAUGCUAGUUAUGGUGGCCUCGGAAACCGCCCUGGCCAGAUUCCACACAGUGUUUUGCUGGGGACAUUUAGCGUUGCAGAUCAAGGUGACGGUAUGGUUCCAGAUCUAAAUAGGGUUAUUGGGUCUGUGUUGAACUCAAUAGGGAUUGGCGGACUGGCUGGCACUGCUGGCAUGGGCAGCAUGCAGUUCCCACCUAUGCCUAAUGCUACUAGCCAGACUCAUCAAGGUAAUGGAACCAGUGGAAAUGUUGGUGGUCAGAAUCAAGCCGGAAAUCCAGCACAGGCGGGUAAUACAUUCCAAUCCCAGCCUCAAGUUGUGCAGAUUCCUCUUGCUACAUCAGUACCCAUUCCUUCAUUUCAUUCGCCAAUUCCUGAUUCUCUGAAUACCAUCUCUGAAUUUUUGAGUCGGAUGGAGCAAGUACUUGCCCAAAAUGGGUCUCAGCAGGGUACCGCUUCAACAACUUCAGGAGUCCCUCCAUGGGUUGAGUCACCUUCUAAUGUGCAGGGGCUACCUGCACUUGAAGCUUUAAGCACCGUCUUGCGACAAGCCGAAAGGCUUCUUAGUGGGCAUGCGGUUUCUUCAUUGUCUAAUCUUGCAGGACGCCUGGAAGGAGAGGGGACUUCUCCUGAUCUCAGUAUCAGGAGCCAAAUCCAAACAGAAACUGUGCAAUCUGGUCUUGCAAUGCAACAUCUUGGUGCACUGUUUUUGGAAUUGGGCCGCACAUUGUUAACAUUCCGUAUGGGGCAAUCUCCUGGAGAGUCCUCUAUACACUCUGGGCCUGCAGUUUAUAUAUCUCCAUCCGGGCCUAACACCAUAAUGGCCCAGCCAUUUCCUCUGCAAACUCAAUCUCUGUUCGGUGGCAUUAGUGGCCAAUCAAGUGCUGUUCCAUUUGCUCCUGUUGGUGUUGGAAAUGCCCCAAGGCAUGUAAAUAUACACAUACAUGCUGGUAAGCGCACAACAAUGGCAUCUGUUCUACCGACAAUGGGUGUCAGGGCAAAUAGUGGCGAACCUGGAACUGCCCAAGGGAGGGUACCUGGCAGAAGCGCUGCUGCUGCAGUGCCUGCACAAACUCGUGGGAUUCCAGUCUCAGAUACUGCACAACCAGAUAGAGGUGAUGUAGCACCUGAUUUGGGACACAUGUCUUCUAUGGUUUCUUCGAUCAAUUCUAGGUUGAGAGAUCUUAUGGCAAAUUUUCCAGGACAGCCAAUAACUGUACCAGGAUCUGAAGAACCUGCUGCUGGUACUGCUAUUGGUGGAGAACAACAACCUGCAUUGGCCACUGAUCGAGCUGUUGAGUCAAGUGGGUCCUUGCCUGAUCUCGUAUCUGAAGGUGACACUAAGAAGAUGCAAGAUGAAAAUGUGCAAAUCAACAAGAAUGAGGAGAAAAAUGAUCUUAAUACUUCCGUUAAAGAUGUGUCCUCUAGUUCAGUGGGAUCUUCACUGAAGAAGGAAGAAGCUUCUGAAAAUGUUCCAAGUGCUAGUGCAAGACAUGAUCCUCCAGAGGGUGCUAAGGCUGCCCCUCUUGGGUUGGGUUUGGGGAGUUUGGACCGUAAGGUAUGACAACAUUUUUUCUAAUUGUCUAUCGUCAGUAAUCUUAUCCAUUCUAUUCGCAUUGGACUUCUUAGCUUUAAAUAGAACACGAGAGAGAUAGUAAUAUCGCUGCAAGCCUAAGUCUUAUAUAUUCCCUGUGGGAAAAGAAGACACCUUGUGGUUAGAAACUCGUUUUAUGCUUUAGGAUUAUGCAAAUUGACCACGUUCCUCCAAAAGGCUGAAUGGUAAUCAGGUUAUUAGGUUAUUCAGUUGCUCUGCUUUACACAUUUAUAUGUAUAUUUCCCUUGCCAUCUUCAUAUGUACAAUUUGUUUCAAAUUCUGAAACGUGAGUGUCGAUAUUGUUUGUGAUCCUAGAAGCGAGUUAAGCAGCAAAAACCCUCAGCCACUACAGAUGGCACCCAAAUAGCACAGCAACUCUUACAGACACUUAGCUCCCGAAGCUCCGCUCCUAUCUCAGCUUCAACAGAUGCGCCCUCAGGUCAAACCACUCUACCCGUUGUCGGGAUCCGUGAGGGCGUAGCAGACCAUGACUCUGAUGUACAGGUCGAUGCUGCUACUGCCAUGUCGCAAGCUCUACGAAGCCCUGGUUUUGAUAAUUUGUUGGCAGGGGUCUCUGAGCAGACUGGUUUCGGUUCUCCCGAUAUCCUGAGAAACAUGAUGCAGGGGCUCACUCAGAAUCCCCAGAUCAUGAAUGCUGUCAGUCAAAUCGCUCAGCAGGUUGACACCCAAGAUAUUGGGGACAUGUUUUCUGGUGCCGGGAGAGGCCAAGGUGGUGGCGGUUUUGAUCUCUCGAGGAUGGUUCAACAGAUGAUGCCUGUUGUUUCCCAAGUUCUGGGGCAAGGAUCUGCUGCGCCACGAGCAUUCCCAAUCCCACAGCCUGUGCCUGAAAGGAUUACGUCUCGAGAACCCAGUGAUCAGAGUGUUCAGAUGGACCUGCAUGCUGUGACUCAGAGAAUUGAGCAUGGUGAUGCACCUGAAGACAUAUUUCGUGCCAUGGCCGAAAAUGCAUCUAGGUUGAGUGGCAAUGAUGGUGCAAGUGCACAGGAUUUGAGCAACAGUGAGGAUCUAGUCAAUGAAUAUUUGGAGUUACUACGCCGGGACAUAAGAAGGCGUUGUGAGGGUGACUCUGAUUGAGGCAGUUGUUGAUCUCGUUCGUUAGGCAAGGAACCUUGAACAUAUCUGUUUAGGUUCAACCAAAAUCCGUGGCCUUGCUUUGCUUAACUGAACUAAACUAGAAGCCUUUUGAUGAUACGGUUAGGCUCCAGCCCCCUGGGUAUUUAGUUUAUUAGAUUCCAGUCGUGGUAUGCUUUUGGAUUGGCUGUAUAAUUUCAGCACGAUACAAGGUGGAGAGGGUUGGCAGCCAUUUCGUUUUAAAAAUGCUUGAAGCUGUUUGUUUGAUAGUAUUUUGAUCGAUCUUUUGCUGCAAAUUCUUUUCGGUUGUGACGCAACACGAGAACUGGAAUUCGAUCGAAUAGACUCGAGCUUCCUUGUAUUCACUACUACUUUUGGUUCCAACAUAACCUGCCUUUUGGACACCAAUUCAGCCAUGGAAAUAGAUUUCUUCACAUAUAUUCUUAGCCACCGAGUUGAUUUCGAAA